AUGAAGAUCUCCAGCGCGGCAUUCCUCCUCACCCUUCUCACCAGCGCGCUGGCCGCGCCUCAUGAGGCUGGACCUCCUACCGACUCAAACAAGCGCGAUGUCGCCGCCAGAGGCUUCGAGGAGUCCGGGGCCCAGGCUGUUGGCGUCAGGCACGUCGACGACGCGGCCAGUCUCGAAGAACGCGGGCUCGACUUCGAGGGCGAUGAGCUAGAGGCGCGGGCCGCGAAGAAGGCCAAGGGCAAGAAGAAGGCAAAGGGCAAGGCGAAGAAGGCGGCCAAGAAGAAUGCCAAGGCAAAGAAGGCGAAGAAGGCUAAGAAGGCUAAGAAGGCGGCAAAGGCUGCAGCGACUACCACUGCUGCGGCCAGGGUCACGGACGCCAACGAUGCACCGGGCAUUGUCUAG